AUGUCACUUCCCAGCUCCCCACUUCCCGCUCUCUCCACCGUGUCUUCCCCUUGUCUCCCCUCAAUCUCCCCGCGAUUUCCUCCUCCCCUCCCCUCUCUCCCCCACCCCCUCAACGUACAGUGCGCGCGGUACGGGGACAUGGAGGACGUGGCAGCAGCGCUGGACGGCGGGGCUGAUGCUGGCGUGGCGGACGAUGAGGGGCGCACAGGUGAGGCGGGGGAGUGUGGGUGGGGGGAUGAGGGGCGCACAGGUGAGGCGGGGGAGUGUGGGUGGGGGGAUGAGGGGCGCACAGGUGAGGCGGGGGAGUGUGGGUGGGGGGAUGAGGGGCGCACAGGUGAGGCGGGGGAGUGUGGGUGGGGGGAUGAGGGGCGCACAGGUGAGGCGGGGGAGUGUGGGUGGGGGGAUGAGGGGCGCACAGGUGAGGCGGGGGAGUGUGGAUGGGGGGAUGAGGGGCGCACAGGUGAGGCGGGGGAGUGUGGGUGGGGGGAUGAGGGGCGUACAGGUGGGGGAGGAGGGAUGAGGGGCGCACAGGUUGGGGGGUGGAGUGAGGGGCGCAUAGAUUGGGGGGGGCGGAUGAGGGGCGCACAGUGUGCCAUGCGCACGUUCAGCGCUGCACAUGUUGUAACCUCUUUCCCCCACCCCCUCCCUGUGCCAUGCGUGCAUACAUGGCAUAACCCUUUCCCACACCCCCUCCCUGUGCCACGCAUGAAUGCAUCGCUGCACAUGGCAGCAGCCAAUGGCCACACAGAGAUCGCUUGCCUGCUCAUCCAACGAGGGGCUGUGAGUGUCUUCCCUUCCACUGCCCCCUCCUCCUUGGCCCUCCCCCCUUGGCCCUCCCCCCUUGGCCCUCCCCCCUUGGCCCUCCCCCCUUGGCCCUCCCCCCUUGGCCCACCCCACCCCCCCAAUACCCACUUCCCUGCUGAUCCAACAAGGCUCUGUGAGCUCCCCUUGCUGCGCUGCUCCCCCCGGCUGUCCACCAAUCCUGCUGCAAUGGCUGCUAAUGCCCCUCCCUCCCUGCUGUCCCUUCCUUCUGCCUCUAAUCCAUGUGAGCCGUGUGCCCCUCCCGUCUAUGCUCCUUCCCAUCCCACGCUGUACCCUGUACACCAUGCGCCCCUUGCUCGUGCAACCCUUGAACCCGGGCCCCUUGUCUCUCAGCCAGUGAAUGCAGUGAACCGGCAGGGCAACACACCGCUGCACUGGGCGGCUGUUAAUGGCAGGGACUCGAUGGUGCAUUUGCUCAUCACUGCUGGAGCCAACCCCUCCGCCCUCAACAGCCACGAGCGCACGCCAGUGGAUGAGGCGAUUCACAGCAACAACCAGCUCACCCUAGACGCCAUCAACACUGCCGUUGCCACGCGGGAUGCUGCGAGCUUGACUGUCGCGGGCAGCCACGGCGACGACACAGGGGGCGAUGGCGAUGGGGGAGAUGAAGCCACGAAUAUCAUGGCGUGA